AGGCUCGUUGUGAUGACGCAAUAACGCGCCGCCACCUUUCCAGUGCAAACGAGAGAACAAGGUAGUGUUCAGAGUACCGACUUUAUUUAGUUAUUUCUUUAUUAUACCUUGCGAUUAUAUGAAUUCGAACCGAGAUUCAAAUUAGUUCAUUCGGCAUAUUAAAACGAUAAAAUAUUUAAGCGAUAGAAUAAAAGUAGAUAUAUCAUUUAUCGUAUUUGCAACUAUGCAAAUAAAGAAAAUAUUUCCAAAUGGUAAAUAUUUCAUUUCGCGUGUACUACUGCGUGGUAAUUUGUGCACCGUUGCUAAGAAUGAGUCGCCUAACACUGGUAUUGAGAACACAUUAAAAACUCUGCCAAAGAAAAAAAGGAAAAAAUAUACACAUGGAAACUCCCCAUCUUCCUCUUGGGAGGAAAGAUUAGCGGAUGUCGUUACUCCCCUGUGGCGGCUGAGUUAUGACGAGCAGCUCCGUCUGAAACAAAUGCAGCAAAAGAAGAUCCUUCAUGAACUGUCACACCUUGUGAAGGCAGCAGUGCCCGAGGUCUCACUGCCUUUAAACAACGAUAAUCUGAGUUUUCCUCUUUUGCCGAUAAAGCCUUCACCUGUGAUAUAUGGAUACCGCAAUAAGUCAACAUUUUCAGUCAAUAAGGGUGUGGAUGGCAAUCCAAAAACAGUAGGAUUUUAUGUGGGUUCUGGUAAGCGUAAGAACAUUGUCUGUAUUAAUGACAAUCACCUGCUCAACACACCAGCAAAGCACAAGAUGGUCGCAAGACAUUAUGAAGACUUCAUUCGUACCUCCCCACUAGACCCAUGUCUCCUCUUUCACAAAGGAGGCCACUGGCGAGAGAUUACAGUGAGGACUAAUUCAGUAGGUGAAACCAUGGCGAUAGUAUUCUUCCAUCCUCAGAGUUUAACUCCAGAAGAGAUCUGUGCUCAUAAAGCAUGUUUAGUUGAUUAUUUCAUUUAUGGACCUGGAGCAGACUGCAAACUCGAUGCUUUGUAUUUCCAAGAGUCAUCGAUGACACGGUGCAGUAACGAGGUCUCCCCCUAUCAACUGUUGCAUGGUAGCCCGCACAUCUACGAGGAGGUGCUCGGAUGCCGAUUCCGAAUCUCUGCCGACGCCUUCUUCCAGGUGAACACAAAAGCCUCAGAGGUCUUGUACCACGCAGUGGGAGAGAUGUGUCUUUCUUCUGUGGGAGACACCUUACUGGAUGUUUGCUGUGGCACCGGAGUCAUUGGCAUCUCUUUGGCAUCCAAAGUCAAAAGAGUAAUUGGCAUUGAAAUAAUUGAGCAAGCUGUCAAGGAUGCGAGGCACAACGCUUCCCUGAACGGCAAGCUGAACUGUGACUUCCUGGCUGGGAAGGCAGAAGUGCUUCUCCCCGAACUUAUCCCAUCACUAGGGACUGGGUCAUCCAUCAUCACAGUUGUAAAUCCAUCCCGCGCUGGUGUGCACCACCGUGUGAUACGGGCUCUCCGGAGCAACCCUGCCAUCCGCAAGCUCGUCUACAUCUCCUGUAAACCUGAAGGGGAAGGCAUGAGGAACUUCAAGGAGUUGUGCUGUCCAUUGGACGGACAGCCCUUCAGGCCAGUUCUUGCCAUUCCAGUGGACAUGUUCCCUCACACUGCACACUGUGAACUCGUGCUUGUUUUUGAAAGAUAGUUGAUGGAAGGAAAUGCUGUAAAGAUGUUAGAAAUGUGCUUACAAAUGAACAGGGCAAAUUGGUAAACAGAACUGAUAAGAAUUAAGUCUUUGUAAUAAAAUAAACCAGUGAUCUAUAA